GACUGCGGUAUGAUGAUUUUAGAAGAGUUAUUAAAGUCGAUUCAUACUGCUGUUAGGCUUUUAUUGUUGUGGUUUUAUAAUGUAGCAUGUCUUGUGUAUGAACACUAGAGGCGCUACACUCCCUCUGAGUCAGUUUAAAGGGUUAGACAACAAAGCUACAGCUGCUGUGUUCACUGUCCACACAAGGUUAUGAGACGGAGUAACAGAUAAAAGCACCCCGAAUGACAUCGACAGGGAAAUAAUAAUCUUUACAGGAAAUGGACCUAAUGAAUAUACGUCGGCAGUCUGAACAUCUUAAAGAACCGAAUGGCAUCAAAGAGAAAGACCCAGACUGUCAAAAUGGUACAGAGAAAGAGGAAGAACCUUUGCUCCGGGACAACCCCAGACGGUUUGUCAUCUUCCCCAUCCAGUACCCCGAGAUCUGGAGGAUGUACAAGCAGGCUCAGGCCUCCUUCUGGACGGUGGAGGAGGUUGAUCUAUCCAAAGACUUGCCACACUGGGACCGUUUGAAACCUGGGGAGAAACACUUCAUCUCCCAUAUCCUCGCCUUCUUUGCUGCAAGUGAUGGUAUCGUCAAUGAGAACCUGGUGCAGAGGUUCUGCCAGGAGGUGCAGGUCCCUGAAGCACGCUCCUUCUACAGCUUCCAGAUCCUUAUAGAGACGGUUCAUUCAGAGAUGUACAGCAUGCUCAUCAACACAUACGUCAGGGACCUGAAGGAGAGGGACAACUUAUUUAACGCAGUUCAGACAUUGCCUUGUGUGAGACGAAAAGCAGACUGGGCCCUCCAGUGGAUAAAUGACAGCAAAUCGUCAUUUGCGGAGCGCCUUGUGGCUUUUGCGGCAGUCGAGGGCAUCUUCUUCUCUGGCUCUUUUGCUGCAAUCUACUGGCUCAAGAAGAGAGGACUAAUGCCCGGCCUUACCUACUCCAACGAGCUGAUUAGCAGGGAUGAGGGUCUGCACUGUAACUUUGCCUGCCUGCUGUACAGCUACCUGGUGAAGAAGCCAUCAGAGGACAGGGUGAAGGACAUCAUCACCAAAGCUGUGAGCAUUGAGCAGGAGUUUCUGACGGAGGCCUUACCAGUUGACCUAAUUGGAAUCAACUGUUGUCUGAUGAGGCAGUACAUCGAGUUUGUUGCCGACCGGCUUCUUGUUGACCUCGGACUGGCCAAGGUAUACCUAUCUGAAAAUCCGUUUGACUUCAUGGAGUCCAUUUCACUGGAGGGGAAAACCAACUUCUUUGAGAAACGAGUAGGGGAGUAUCAGAGGUUUGGAGUUAUGUCGAGCAUGACAGACAAUGAAUUCACUCUGGAUGCAGACUUCUGAAAAGGAAAUAAGAUUUUGUUACAUUUGACUAUUUAUUUAUUUUGUUAAAGCAGUUAUUGACUAAAACUGACCUAAAGUCUUGUUACAAUACAAUCAUGGAACUACAAAGGACAAAUUAAUGAUUGAAAGGUUAAAGCUGCACUCGUCCUGCAGACAUUUACAACUCUUGGGGAAUAGGGAUUAUUAGACCUGGAGUUAAUUAUCAGUAAAUAUUGUUUGCAAAGUGACAUAGGGUGAACUAAUGGAUCCUUCAAGGCCUGCUCAUGGCUUUUCUUUUUUUACCUUGGCGUACCACAGUUUGGUUACUCAACUUUAUUCAUUGAUAUACUGUAGUUUCAUACAAACCUGGUGCCUAAAGUUCUUCACAUGCACGAACUUAACGAAAACCAUAAUAACAUGUUAAAAAUCUGUUUUUAAAAAAAAGAUAAACAAACACUGGGGAUAAUAAAUGAUGACAACAAUUUUUAAAUCUAAGGCUAUAAUAUCACUCCAAAAUUAAAAGCCAGGGUUAAAGAAAGGUUUUCAUUUAUUUUCACAAUACAGAAAGCUUGCUAUUUAUAGCCAAAGGCAGUCAACUCCACAGUUAAACAUGAAUGUGUGUGGUGAUGAGUGAUUAUUCUGAACCUCAUUGGAAAUGUAAAGAUGGUUAAUAUUAUAUUUAAUAUGUUUUAUCGAGAUGCAGUUCUGGCAACUGCCUUUUAUGGUGGAUUGUUAAAACAUGAACAUUGUCAUUUUUAUUGUACAAUAAAAAAUGUUUUUUUGUAAAAA